CACUUCCGGCCUCGCCUCAGCAGCGCCCUCUGCGCCUGGGAGGCCUUGUAGCAACUGCCGAAAAAGUAGCAGCUCCUCUGAGGCGGCGAUGAUGGCGAUGGCGGCGGCGGCUGGCUUCAGAACUGUGGAACCUUUGGAGUAUUACAGAAGAUUCUUAAAAGAAAACUGCCGUCCUGAUGGAAGGGACCUUGGUGAAUUCAGAACCACAACUGUCAACAUAGGUUCAAUUACAACUGCAGAUGGCUCUGCCCUUGUGAAGCUAGGAAACACAACAGUGAUAUGCGGCAUUAAGGCGGAAUUUGCAGCACCCCCUAUUGAUUCCAGUAACAAGGGAUAUAUUGUUCCUAAUGUGGACCUUCCUCCACUCUGUUCAUCAAGGUUUCGACCGGGGCCUCCAGGGGAAGAGGCUCAGGCAGCUAGUCAAUUCAUUGCAGAUGUGAUUGAAAAUUCACAGAUGAUUCAGAAAGAAGACCUGUGCAUUGUAGAGGAGAAGAUUGCUUGGGUUCUAUACUGCGACAUUAUAUGCUUAGACUAUGAUGGAAACCUCCUGGAUGCCUGUAUGUGUGCUUUACUAGCAGCCUUAAAAAAUGUCCAUUUACCUGCCGUUACUGUAAAUGAAGAAACGGGGUUAGCAGAAGUUAACUUCAAAGAGAAGACUCCUCUAACUAUUAAAAAGCAACCAGUGGCUACAUCAUUUGUGCUGCUUGACACAGUAAUACUUGUUGACCCAACUGCAGAAGAGGAAGACCUGGCAACUGGGAAUCUAACGAUUGUAACUGAUGAAGAAGGCAAACUGUGUUCUGUUUAUAAGCCAGGAGGAAGUGUAAUAACAGGCACAAAGCUUCAAGACUGUAUCAGCCGGGCAACAGUACGGCACAAAGAAGUGAAGAAACUAAUGGAUAAAGUGAUCAAAAGCGUACAACCAACAUAAACAAUGGGUCUCUUAAGUAAUUUGUAAAAAGGGUAUUUGCUAUGUUGCACAAACUCCUUAUCUCA